AUGUGUUUGUCCCUUAAUUUUCCUCACCCAACUACUACAGUUGAUGAUCUCGAGGACCUUUACAAGGUCUAUGGGGUUGAUCGUUCCGUCGUCCUUGAUUUGGCCGGUACGCAUGAGACUCCUGAAACCGUGAGAGAGGGCUACUAUGGAGUCUAUCUCUCCUUUUUUCACUCAUGCGGUCUUAUCUUCCCAAUCCCGGAAAUGAUACUCGCGAUCCUGGCGGAGCUUGGGUUAUCGCUUACUCAGCUUCUCCCGAACUUUCUCAGGCAUCUUAUCGCCUUUCUGGUUAAGGCUAGGGAAGAGGGUCUUGCUUUUGGUCUUAGCGAGUUUCGCCAGUUCGUUCUGGUAAAGCGGAACAAUCAGACUCCUGGGACUUUCCUCGUGUCUCCGCGUCCAGGUCGCCACGUCAUAGAGGAUGUCCCUUAUCGUGACGAGAAGUGGCGCGAGCAAUUCUUUGUUUUCCGGAUGGAUCGAGCAUCCAUGGGUGACUUCGAUUUCUCCUGGCUUUCCUGCUCCCUCUGGAAGUUCUCAAUGUCGGAUGAGAUCCGCGGUCUGAUGAGGGUCCUUCGGAGAGGUCGUUCGAAUUGGUCCACUUUUGACCGAACUCGGAUCCAGACUGUUUUUGCCUUGCCAGUGGGGACUGGCAAAGCUCCUUUAAUCGAGAAGUCUGAAGGUGAGGCCGGGUCUGCCUCGAUAGGUCGAGCUUCAAGAAAGUCUCCCUUAAUCUCGAUUCAUGAUUCCGAUGAGAAAGAUAUUUCAGAAGAGAAUCGACCUCCUGUUUCGCUGAGUCCUGGCUCGGAUGACGAGACCGUGGUGGUGACUCGUAAGCGACGUCGAUCAUCGGAGGGGUCCUUGCCUGGUCCAUCUCGUCCUAGGUUUGUUCCCGAGGGAGAUGAUUCUUCGUUUGCGGCUCAAAGCGAUCUAAUUUCCCUCGCUGGUCGUAUGAGGUCCGCGGGUUGCCGCCUCCCAUGUCUUGCUUCAUCAGUCGAUAGGGAAGCCUAUGCAAAGGUUUCUGUGGCGAGUUCUAAGGUUUAUUUCUCAUAUGUCGCGGCUUCCCGGAAUGAUAAAGAAAUCGAAAGCAUUGGUUCUGAGAUCAAGAGGCUUUCGAAGGAGCUUGAAGCCAUCAAGCGAGAAGGGAGGGAGGAUGCUGAAAAGAUCGAAGCUUUAACUAAAGACUGGAAGAGAGUUCACCUGGAAAAUAAGGCUCUCGAAUCGCAGAUGGUCGCUCAAAGGGCAAGAAUUGCGGCACUCGAGGUUGAGAGAGAUCGGGAUGUUCGACGUGCUUCUCAUAUUGCUCAUCGUGACAUUGUGGCCAAGCAUCGAGAGGUUCUUGAAUCCUUGAAGGACAUGUGGGCGAGCAAGAAGAAUGAAACAUCUGCCGAGAUUCGGCUACUGGAAGUGGUCGCGAAUAUCGAUCUCCUGAUCGAGCUCAAGGAUGGAGGUUUGACUGUGGACGCGGAACUUGCUCGGUUAAAGGAAAUGGAAAGAGAUUGUGCGGAUCUUCUCGCCUCGGCCACUGUGCCUGAUUGGUCGAUCUCUAAGCUCGAUCUUCCUCAAGUUUCAGAUGAUUCAGUCUAUCAAGUCGGGGGGUCGUCUGUCCCCGAUGAUCCCGCCUCUAGUUAG